AUGACAGCAGGACUCCUCUACGUGACAAUGCAGCCCAAACCAGGCUUGCCCCCCUCGCAAUUCCACGACUGGUACAACAACGAACAUGGUCCCCUCCGUCUCCGACUACCCUUUUUCCCGAAUGGAUACCGGUUUAGAGCUAUUGACGGCGACGACGCCACGGGCCCUUAUAGCGCGGAAAAACAUGAAUGGGUUGCCUUAUACGAUAUCACCGACAGCGACGAAUUCACUCGCCCGCCAUACACCACUCUGCGCGAAGAUAGCGUCAAAACCGAGCGGGAGAAGGAGACCAUGUCGCAAAUCACAGUGGGGAGACGUAUGUUUGAUUUGAUCAAGGAGUGGAAGGCGGAUGAUUAUAAACCGCUAGAGGAUGUUGAGACGGCGAAUUCAAAGGGGUAUGUUAUUAUUCCGGUCUGUUUCAAGAUUCAGCCCGGUACAGAGUCCAAAGUUGAUCGGUGGUAUAACGAUGAACAUAUCGAGUUGUUGCAGAAAGUGCCUGGGUGGCGUCGCUCGAGACGAUUCGUGACUUCUUCCGUCUUGAAUCCUGCCGCCGAAGAGAAAGAGUAUCUUGCUAUUCAUGAAUAUGCCAGUAUGGAAGGACAGGAUGGCCCCGAGAUGAAGGCCGCUAUUUCUACGGAGUUGUCAAAGGAUAUCUAUGCGAAUGUGGUUAUUGGCCGCGUGCGACGACUUUAUGAGUGGUAUUACACAUUUGGUCCUGCACCGCGAGAUCUUACAUCUCUUUCUGACCCCUCGUAUGCCGCAACUUUCGAGUCGAGGGAUGGUUUGACGCAGACGCGUGCUGCUUCGACGACGGACAACAAUAGAGCGGUUAUUGAAUCGUUCAUCACCACACCGGACGGCGUUCAACUUCCCUAUAAACUUGAAGGAAGCCCCGAUCCCGAGGCACCGCUUAUCGUGCUGGUAAACUCCAUCCUCUCGGACUGGGGUAUCUGGGACGAGUUUUUGGAUGUCUUCUUCUCCAACCCCAAAAAUCAAAAGUAUCGCGUCGUCCGCUACCGCCCCCGCGGCCGCGCCAGCGAUCCAGGCGAAACACCCGUGACAAUGGACCUCCUCAGUCAAGACGUCAUCACCAUCCUCAACGCGCUGCGCGUCCCGCAAGCCGCGGCCGUGAUUGGUGUCAGUCUCGGCGGCGCAACGGCGCUCAACACAGCACUCAAAUAUCCUACCCGAGUCGCAAACUUUGUCGCAUGCGACACCAACUCACUCGCUCCACCCAGUAACCCGACCGCAUGGGGCGAGCGCAUCGCUCUCGCCGAGGCAGAAUCCGAAGCACCCACAGACCCCAAAACAGGUGCCAGACUCGUCGGCGAAAAACUCGCUGAAAUCACGACAAGACGCUGGUUCGUGCCCUCCAGCUAUGACGGUGGCGCGCAACAAGCCCGCGCCGAGAAAGUGAAGCAAUACGUCGUCACCAACCACCUCGAGGGAUUCAAGAAGAGUGUCAACGCUCUAUACUCAUACGACCUGCGCGAGGAGAUGAAGACCGGCUCCGUCCGAGGAUUGUUCGUGGUUGGAAGCGGUGAUGGAGUCUUGCCGCAGGGUAUGAAGAAGAUGGCUGAAGACUACGGGGUUGAGGGUACAGAGCUGAAGAUUGUCGAGGGCGCGGGCCAUUUGCCUAUGGCGGAACAGCCAGAGGAGUUUGCUAAGGUUAUUGACGCUUUUUUGUAG